AUGGUGUUAGAUGAUGUUAUGUUAGGCCAGGUCAAGGACCUCAGAAAAAAACGUGGUAUCAUUAAAGCGGCUUUAACACGAAUGAAAAACUUUGUUGAGGGAUUCGAUCCAACAAUUGACGCGAUAUCUCUGUUAGAAUUCCGCCAAGAAGAGCUGCCGCGUCUAAACCAAAAAUUUGACGACAUACAAACUCAACUAGAAUUAAUUGUUGUCGAUGAUUUGGACAAGGAGGAAGAAGAACGGGAUAAGUUUGAAUCUGACUAUUUCAAUGUUCGUUCGAAUAUUCAAGAAAUAGUAAAUGCCAAGAAAAGUGUCAACACAAGUUGCCACAACUCAACCUUUAAUAUGUCGGCAGGUCACAGCCGUGCUCAAUUACCCAUCAUUACGUUACCAGCAUUUGACGGCGAUAUCCAGGAUUGGGAGUCCUUUUUCGAUUGUUUCCGUGCUAUGAUACAUGACGAUGGUGGAUUUUCACCAGCCCAAAAAUUCUACUAUCUCCGGUCAAGCAUCAGUGGCCCUGCGUUAGACCUCAUCAAUCUUGUCAUUCAAUCACACAUUCGUUCCCUUCUGGAAUCACCAUAUGUAGAACAGCCGACAGCUAAAGAUCUUCAAGCAUUACAUGCUCAUGUAAGUGCUCAUGUUGCAGCACUAAGAGUGCUAAAUCAGCCAACGGAGCAUUGGGACGCGUGGCUAGUGACUAUAAUCGUCAGCCGCUUGGAUCCGGCCACUAGUCAUGGCUGGCAACUAAGGCAGCAAAACACUCAACUUCCCAAGUACUGUGAUCUGGAGAAUUUCUUAUCUAGUCGGUGUGUAGCCUAUGAGUCUUCACAAGCAACUUCUGGACUAAAAAGAGAUAUCAAAGCUAAUGUGGGCGGGGAAACAGCAAAGAGAACCAGUGUCAAAAACUCCUCAACCGAAGCGAAGCGAGCUUUAGUAGCAGCUGCUGAUGCAGCCUCCUGUCAAUACUGUACUAAACCGCAUAAACUAUAUAGUUGUGAGGAGUUCAAGGCAGUCCCGGUAAAUACACGCCUAUCAUUCGUCCAGGGGAAGGGAAUAUGUUUCAAUUGUUUGUCUCCGGGGCAUAUGGCAAAUGUCUGUAGAUCCACUUACAGGUGUCGAAUGUGUAACCGUAACCAUCAUUCAUUAUUGCACUUUGAAAGGAAGGAAAAAAUAGAAGAGAAAGAGCUGCAACAAGGGCAACAACCGGAUAAGGGUCAAACACCGGCUACUUCCGGAAUCCUAGUAUCAGCGCCAGUACCAGCAGAAAUCACCAUGGGAAAUGCACACGUAUUUCUCGCAACAGCUUUAGUCACGGUGCAAGAUAAAUUUGGUGGACAUCGCCAGUGCAGAGCCAUUUUGGAUAGCGGCUCCCAGGUCAACUUUGUUUCGAAAAGAUACGCAAACCUACUACAGCUUUCAUGCAAGAAGUCUUCUUUGCCAAUAAGUGGUAUUGGAGAUAAUCGUUUAAGAGCAAGGUCGUGUAGUGAAUUGAAAAUUGAAUCAAGAACGAGUGAAUUCAGUAUUACGAUUUCUUGCUAUGUACUGCCGAAUAUCGUAGGGGAGUUGGCGUCUUGCCCAGAGCCGGCAGAUGGAUGGGGUAUACCAGAGUUUGUGUCUACAUGUCUAGCUGACCCGGACUUCCACCACCCUCAAGGUAUUGAUCUGCUUAUUGGAGGUGGUUCGUUCUUUGAUGUUUUGGGAACAAGAAAAAUACCACUUAACAUAGGCUCAGUAACCCUAUAUGAGAGCAACUUCGGAUGGCUUGUGACGGGAGAACUUUCUAACCAUCAUUCACCAACACUUAUUUCAAUGGGCCAAACGAUAGAGGAAGAUUGGAAGGUUCUCAGUAGCAUUGAGGAUGCAAGCUACGGCGGUGCAACUCGUUUGCGCACAAUCUACAUUUUUUACCUAGAUAUCGAUGACUCGUUUGCGCACAACGAAAUCAGUCGUUUACCUGUAACGGACGACUCGUUUGCGCACAACAUAAACACUGAGUAA